ACGAACCACAGCACCAUGCAAUAUCGCUAUGACUAUUCGCGAACGAGAAGAAGAAGAAGAAGAAACAUUGUUAUGGUAUCACGCACGAUCCCAUCAGAGGUAUUAAUUCACCAACGUGAAACAUUGUUAAGUCCACAAGUAUUCGCAAAAUUGUUGCCAUUUACAGUAUCUUGUUUUCGAUUACGCAAUUUUGUUACCGUACGAGUGUACAUAAAGUCAGUUCUUACCUCAGGCCGUCAACAUAACUGCCACAGAGAGAGAAGAAUGUUGCCGCUUUUCCUGCUUGUUUGUGUGACAACAUCCCUGGCAGCGCCCGUGAAUAUCGUUAAUUCAUGGAACGGUGGUUUCCAAGGAACAUUCACGGUACAUGCCGACCAUGCAGUGCACGGAUGGAAAGCACAUCUGACAUUUGACAAGCCAGUCGAUAGGCUAGAGAUAUGGAAGGCCACAGUUGUGUCACAUAGUCCCACAGAAUGGAUUGUAGAAAACAUGUCAUGGGACGCCGAUCUUAAAGCUGGGGAAGAUUUGGUCAUAGAAUUCAACGGCCAUAUGUCAGGAGAUCAAGCACCAAAGGCAACAUACACCAUUGAAGGAGCUGGAUCUGGGUCUGGUUCGAGUGGCACUGGUGGUACCGGAAGUGGUGGAAGUGGUGGCCAAGGUACAGCUACUCAGGCACCAAUUCAAACUCAGCCGCCUGGCAACCCAGUUACUAGCAACCCAAUUACUGGCAACCCAGUCACUGGAAACCCAAUUACUCCAGGAAGUUCCUCAACUGGCGGUUCUUCAAUGAAAUACGAUUACGGAAAAGCCCUGGGGCUGUCCAUCCUCUUCUACGAUGCACAACGGUCAGGAAGACUUCCGGCCAACAAUCCAAUUCCAUGGCGCGGAGACUCCGCUGUCAACGAUAACGAUCAAGGCCAUGACCUAAGCGGUGGAUGGUACGAUGCUGGAGAUCACGUAAAAUUCAAUCUGCCAAUAGCAUUCUCCACUUGGGUUUUGGAAUGGGGCAUGUUGAAGUUCAAGGACGGCUACAAAGCCGCUGGUCAACUGGACAUGGCAUGUGAUAUGAUAAAAUGGCCAUUGGAAUAUUUCCUAAAAUGCUGGGUACCAAAUAAGAAUACCCUAUAUGUUCAGGUAGGUGAUGGCGGUAGAGAUCAUUCGUACUGGGGCCGACCGGAGAAUAUGAACAUGCCACGUCCGGCCUACAAGGUAACCCCUAGUUGCAAGGGUAGUGACGUUGCCGGGGAUACCGUUUCUGCACUAGCGGCAGGAUACCUCGUAUUUAAAGAUGUGUGUGGAGACACGACGUUUGCAUCAAAAUUACUGACGGCUGCAAAGAGUUUGUACACUUUCACAAAGAACAAUCGCGGAAUCUAUACACAGUGCGUCAACGCUGCAGCACAGUUCUACAGUUCAAGUGGUGAAAAAGAUGAGGUUGCGACUGCAGCAGCCUGGAUGUACAAGGCCACGCAAGAAGACAAAUAUUUGAAUGAUGCAAAAUCCUUAUACCCAGCCGGUACACCUUGGGGAUUUGCCUGGAAUGACGCAAACUCUGGUGCCGCUCUGCUGUUAUAUGAAGCAACAAAAGACUCGACUUAUAAAAGAGAUAUUGAGGCUUUCGUGAAGAGUUAUAUGCCUGGAGGCGGAAUACAGACAACUCCUUGUGGACUGGCCUGGAGGGACCAGUGGGGACCUAACAGAUAUGCAGGAAAUGCGGCUUUCAUUGCUGCCAUGGCAGCCGAGGAAGGUAUCGAGCCAGAUUCUUUCAAGAAGUUUGCCAUGAGUCAGAUCAAUUACCUCCUAGGUGAUAACAAAUAUCAAAUGAGUUACGAGAUUGGAUUCGGUAAUAAAUACCCACAACACCCGCAUCACAGAGGAAGCUCCUGUCGGACGUCGACGACACAAUGUAGUAUCGGUGACCCAGGCCCAAACCCCAACGUUCUGAAGGGUGGUUUAGUUGGUGGCCCAGAUAACAGCGAUAAUUAUGACGAUAGAAGAGAUGAUUACGUGAAAAACGAGGUCGCCUGUGAUUACAACGCUGGUUUCCAGUCUGCUUUAGCCGGUCUUCGACAUUUUGCGGCAAACAACGCCCUUCCACCAGCACCUGCGGCAAAGUGUUAAUUGUUAUUGUAGUGUUAUUGUAAUGAUAAUUAUUAAAACCUGAACAAAGG